AAUAACAUCCAGUCCUCGAUGACAAAACAAUACCAUCACUAUUCAACGCAACUCAAAUCAACGAUUCUCGUAGGGCGGUUGACUAUAAAAACAGAGGCAAUCCAAUGCAUAGUCCGUUAAUUUGACUUAUUCAGGGUUGUCAGCUUCUCCAGUCAUUCCAAACGUAUCCUUGUCAUGUCUUCCAAGAAACUCAUUGUCAUUCUGGGCGCCACCGGUAACCAGGGCGGCUCCGUUGCGGAAACCUUCCUCCAGGAACCUGAGUGGCGCGUUCGAGCGAUAACUAGAAAUCCUCUUGGCCCGAAAGCGCAAGCGUUAGCUGCUCGCGGUGCAGAUAUCAUCAAGGCUGACCUGGAUGAUCCAUCCUCAUUUGGCUCAGCAUUUGAAGAUGCGCAAGUCAUCUUUGCUGUUAGCGACUUUUGGGGGUUGUAUGGCGAUCCCGCCAAUCAAGCGAAGGCAGCAGCAGCAGCGCAGCCUCUAAAUGUCUGGGCCGCCAACCAUGAGACACAGCAAUUGAAGGAUAUUAUCGACGCUGCAGCGAAGGUCCCCUCUCUGGAGCGUUUUGUGUUGUCAUCCCUAUCCGAUGCAACCAAAUGGUCUGGAGGGAAAUACAGCCAUGUCUAUCAUUUUGAUUCCAAAGCCACGGCCGAGACUUAUGGGAGAGAGAACCACCCUGAGUUAUGGGCGAAAACGAGUAUCUUCCAGGCUGGGUACUUUUUGAGCAACUUUGUUUCCAACCCAAUCACUCAUCCUAGAAAGAAUGCCAGUGGAGUAGCCCAGUUCAUUGGCGGGCUCGACCCUGAUGUGGAUUUACCCUUUAUUGCUGCAGAAGAAGAUACUGGGCCCAUCGUCAGAGCCCUAGUGCUUGAUUCAGCUGCAAAAAAAGUUAUCGGUUACAGAGCCCGCAUUACACUACGCCGACUCAUUGAAACCUUCUCGCAGGUGACAGGUAUGAAAGCCGAAGCCGUCGUGUUACCCAAAGGAGAGUCAGUUGUUCCUUUUCCUUCUGAGCUACAGCAAGAACUUGACGACAACUGGGCGUAUUGGAAGGAGUUUGGAUAUUACGGAGGUGAUCCAACUGUCGUACAUCCUCAGGAUUUGGAACAUGCACCGAAGCUCAAUAGCGUGGCUGAUUACUUCAAAAAGCAAGACUGGUCCAAAGUGUUUGGGCCGUAAGGGUGGGGAUACUAUUGAAUUAUGUUACCGCUUGCCCGAUUUGGAAGCAUACGAACUGGCAAAGCACUGCCACUCUUGGCCGAAUAUUUGAUAGCAUUCGAUCAUUUAGAAGACCGGCAAUCCAACCCCUAUUGAAGGCAUAAAUAGGAGAUAGAUAGUCAUUUAUUUAGAAGAAUCGGACCUUUAUUGAUUUUCG